GAUCAGUCUCUACUCUCUUUCUCGCCGAGAAAAACAUUGAAAGGGACUGCCAAUCGAAUGAUUUGUCGGUCUCAAAAAAUGGACAAAGUAGGGAGAAGAGGACAUAGAGGGAGUCGUGGUGUUACCGAGGAUAGAGAUGUCAAGUUAUCCAAAUCGUUAUCCUAUGCGCUGCGCCAUGGAGCCAAUCAGAUGGGUCUACAGUUACAUUCAGAUGGCUAUGUGUUUGUGGAGGACAUCCUGGCUCACCCACAGUUCAGGUCAUACAAACUGGAGGAUAUUGAGAGAGUGGUGGCCCAAAAUGACAAACAGCGUUUUAAGCUUAGUCCUCACCCGGAAAAUUGCCGCUUGCAGAUUCGAGCCAAUCAGGGACACACAGUGCAGUUAACGGAUUUGGAGCUUAAGCCAGUGUUGGUUGGUUCUCCCGACUGUCCUGUUGAGGCUGUUCACGGCACCUACAUGCGGAACUGGAGCUCCAUCAAGCAGCAGGGGUUGAGUCGUAUGAGGAGGAUGCACAUUCAUCUGGCCCCAGGCUUUCCUCAGGAAGAUGGCGUAAUAAGUGGAAUGAGAAGAGACUGUGAUCUCGCUAUUUUUAUCAAUGUACCCAAAGCUCUAGCUGAUGGAAUUGAGUUCUUUUGGUCAGAGAACCAUGUUUUGUUGACAUCAGGAAACGUAGAGGGAAAACUACCUCCGGAGUACUUCAGUCAAGCCUUACGACUCAAGCCUACAAGGAGUAUCCUGCCAAUGUGAUGCCAGCUAAAGCUUGAUCAACUAUUUAGAAAGUCCAUCCAAAAAUCCUUUUUUCAUAUUCUGGCCGUGAUACAUUAUUUUUUGAGUUUUGAAUGGACCUAAUGCAUGUUUUUGGAAUUUGGAAGGAAGCUGGGUUACCUGCACAAAGCCUACGCAAGCAGAGACAGAACUUUUUAAACACUUCAAGGCCAGGAUUUGAACUGAAAACCAUCGUGUUGCCCAAGUUUGUAACAUUUAUUUAAAUGGACCCACAAUUUGUAUUGUUUUCCAAAAAUUUCUCUCAAAACUAGACACCGGAGAUGAAUGUGCAGCAUUUUGAUGCAUAUUGCAGUGGAAUGAGAUGCUUUGACAUCAAUGUGAACCAAGGGCAUAGGUUUGGUCUCAAUAUUGGUAGAUUCUCCAUCUUGUUUUGAGUGUUAAUGGCUAGUUAACAGAUUAAUGCGUCAGAUUCUUCCACAUUAAGCAUUAUUACUAUUUGUUCUUGUUAAGCCCAUACAUCUAAAAGUUGGUCUUUUUUCCCCCUAAAUCAAGAAAAAAAAAUGCUUUCAAAUGUUUUGAACAAUAUCCAUUCCAUUCCUGAAUUAAGAACAUUUCUGACAAACAUUUUUUAAAAGAUUAAAUAACCAGACCUUUUGCUUAAAAUAAGUUUGUUAAGCUUAAUUUCAGCUAGCUAUUUUUCUUAUAUCAAGAAAUCUGAGUAAAAUAGGCUUGAAGCACUGGCAGAUAAUUUCACUUAUUUUUAGUAUAUUUACACGGAAUACAAUGGAACAUUUUUUUUUUCCAGUUUCAAGGAGGUGGGUUUUUGUAGUGCAUAUGUAUUGGUUCAGGUGAUAAACCGUUUGAUUCAAACCUUUGUUUUCAAAAACUAAAAAAGAAAGAUUUAGAAAACUUCCAGAAUAAAUGUCUGGAUUUUAUUAGCAAAUUUAAAUUGCAAUAUUUGAACACAAAUUAUAUUAACAUACACAAGAAAUACAAACUUGUUAAUCACCUCUUUACUAUCCAGGAAUGCAAAAAAAUAAGUGUUUUUCUUAAUACCAUUCAAAAUCGUCUGUCUAAAUAAAUUAAAUAUGACAAAAAAAACUUGGGCAGUGAAUAACAAAAAUAAAUGAAAAUGGAACCUUCCUUCAGGUAAAGCUACUGUUUUUAUCCAGAAGCACAGCCAAACUCGACAAAAAAAUGAAAGCUCCUUUGGGCUGCUUUAAGACCACAUAAAUCUGAAAACUGGGGAAAAGAAGUAAACCUCUGUUUCCUACAUUUCUUAGUUUAAUUAACGUUAACAGUAGAAAACAUACAGGGAGAUAUUUCUCUCAAAGCAGCUUACACUCCUUGAGUUCGAGAAAUUCGCAGAUUAAUGUAACUCUGAUGCAGGUUGGACUUAUAGUAGCAAAAUUAGUGGUGUGUUUCCCACCUCAACAAUAUUGAUGUCUCUUUUCAUUACUUACUGUUGCUGUUGGUGGUGGGGAAAAAAAACUCUAAUAUCCCUCGUCUUCGAAGAGGGCAGAGGAGGUGGCAUGUUGUAUUUCUUUCGGGCUGUGAAUGCGUGUGUGUGUGUGUGUGUGUGUGUGUGUGAGUGUGGGUGGGUUCAAGUCAUCAGCCAAUCAAACUUGUGUUUGAGGGGAAAAAAUGGACUGGUACAGUCAGCAAGUGAAAACGGGUCAAUCAGAGGUUGCGCUAGACUUUUUCGUUGUCUGUCAUUUUGACUGACAGUGUCAUAAAAAUCCGGUCAUAAUCUAUUUUUACCCGUCACUUACAUUUUUAAACUGAUAAUAAUGACAUAUUCAAUAGUAUUUAGUUUUCAUUCAUUUUUAAUUAAUAUUCCGUCCGAACAAGCUUAACAAGAGGGAAACAGACAGCGGAGUGCACCAAUCAGCGACGGGCAGACGUGCCGUUAGCAAAGCGACGAGGGCAGGACGAGGGACUUGCGCGCGGAAGUAAACAUACGAGGAGAACGGAGUUUAUUCAACAUGGCUAGCGCGAGACACUGUUGUCAAUGACUCAUGUCGAUGUGUUUUAGCUAAUUUAAAACUGAAUUUACCGCGGAUUGGAACAUAUUCUCGGCUCUCCCGUCGCCAUCCGUGUUGAUGUAGAGAUGAUUUUCGGCGCGCAAGAGUGACGUUGCUCGUGAAGAACACGUCACGCAAAUAAACAAAUCUGAUUUGUCGAUUGAUUUUGUACCUACUCGAGAGGCUGUGUCUCAGACUUUUCUCUUAGUGUUUGAAAAAUACAGGGAGAACAGUCUGGCCGUGCCAGGCAAACACUCAGUUGCCUUGACAUUUUUCCGAGAAAGGCCAGCGACGUCAUGCAUCAAGAAAGACAAUAGCUAAUUAAUAUGCUCACUCGCCACCCUGUGGUCUGGGGUGUGAAUUGCAACCUGUCAAAAUGACGGAUGGACUUCAGUUUUUUCCGUCACCGUUUUAAAAAACCGGUCAACGACGGAAAAUAUUCGCUUCACGCGACCCCUGGGGUCAAUGUAAGUCUGAACAUAAUGAAAGUACUGUAAUUCACUUAAUAAUCGUAGGGUCAGUUCUGUCCUUACAACAUAUGGGGAGGCAAUCUAAAUUACCUUUAUAACUGAUGUCAUUAUAUAUUGCAAAUAAGGCUGAUUAAAAGUUGAUGGGGGCAAUUGGAGCAUCCUGAAAAGUUGAUAGUGUUAUGUCCCUGCUGUCCCUAUGCAAACCUACGCCCUUGAUGUGAACACAAGAUGAAACAGGCUAAAUUUGAUUAAAGGUGUUUAUUUUUAAACAUUUGGUGUUGCAGCUGUUUGUUUUCUCACUGAAUUCUCUAAUAGCCUAUAAGUUGAGCUUGUAAGAUUGUGUUCAGUAAUGUUUUCAUUCGGAGUGUGUUAUGUAUUUAGAACUCAAAUGUUAAAUGUUUUUCACAUUUACUAUAGAGGCAAAAAAAGGCUAAAGUGAUUAUAAAUUAGAGAAGCAUAAUUUGGAAACAUGCAAUGUUGAGAUGCAUACCAUUUUUGUUCACUGAGAAUUAUGGCUUCGAUUGUACAGCUAAUGAAAUAAAAUCCCAACUGCUAGCUCUCAUAAAAUUUUAAUGUUGUGAAAAAAUAACUUUCAGACAAGCGAAAAAAAGGCACAGAGAAAAAACAUACUCAAAGUUGCACUGCAGUAUUAAUAACAUUUUGGGGGGUAAUAUUUUAUUAGAGGACAGGACAGGAGUGGAAAUGUUAGUGCUAUUGUUACACAUCUAAUGUAUAAGCAGUCCAAUUUGCUAGAUAUAUAAAUCUAGGUCAUGUUUUCGUUAAAAUUAGUCUGAGACCGCUAAACCUGCUCCAUCAUCAAAUGAGUUCAUACACAGUUAGAGCAGAAGGAACUAGACCAUACUUUAAAGGCAACCGUAUAUUUAUCAAAAUCUAUCAAUCAGCUCUCCAGAAUAUUCAAACUCAAAGAUGUUCAAACUCAAAGAUGUACAAACAACUAAGAAAAAUGAAAACCGUGCAAAUGCAGAACAACAAAAUUAAGCAUGCACAGUUUAAACAGCUGGAAUAGAAAUUUUCUUCUCGGAAAAAUUCAAAAGUGCAUCAUUAAUGUUAAAAAUAUGUCUUAUUUAUUUGAGGUCUUUCUCAAUUGCUUCCACAUUUUCCAAUUCCAAUUUUUGGAUCUUCCUGCCUGGGGAAAUCAAGAAAGACAAAAAGAAAUGUAAAUAUUCUGAUGUUCACCUUCUUUAUAUUACCAGCGGGGUAAGAGAAAAGUACCGAAGUGAAUCUCAAUUUGUUCGAUGACAUCCAUGCCUGCGUCACUGUCCACCAUGUUGAUGGCGAACCCUCGUUUCCCAAAACGUCCUGUUCGGCCAAUCCGGUGAAGGUACGUCUCGUUAUCGGCUUUGCCGUCCACGUCCACGGGGAGGUCAAAGUUGACCACCAGAGACACCUGUUCCACAUCAAUGCCUUGGGACAAACAGCAACAACAUUUUUGCAAUCUUAAUAAUAUUUGCUUACUUAUUUUUUUAAAUUAUUUUAUCUUCGCAAUUUAGCACUGGACUUGUCUUACCCCUUGAACAAACAUUUGUUGUGACAAGAACCUUCUCCUUGCCAUCUCGAAAGCGUUGAAUGAUAUUCGCUCUCUGCAUCACAGUUAAUUCCCCACUCAGCAAUGCGAUGCUGUGGCCUUCCUUUGUCAGGUUAGCAGCCAGCCAAGCCGCAGUCUUACAAGUCUACAUCAUUAAAAAAAAAAAAAAAAAAUUCAUUAUGCAGCUAAAGAGUAAAACGACCUAACAAAAAUGAUCUUGUUCAAAUAUACGCAACAUUUAUAUGGAGUGAUUGUUGUUUUCAUCAACGAUGACAAGAAUGAAAAUAUUUCGUCAAAGAACAAUUUUUUUCGUGACAGUGACGAGCUAAAAACAUGUCUUGGACUCAAACAUGAGAGGGAUGCCAGUUUUCGUCUAACGAGAACGAAAUGAUAAUGCGCCAUAGGUUCCGUCACAAGUUCAUGAUGUGGGACAUUUUCUUAUCGUAUGUGUAGUUAGCACGCAUUGUAGCGGUGUUUGGUCAUGUCACUCGUGGUGUGCUGCGCCACACACACACACACGCUUAGUCACGGGUAUCCUCUCUAGGCUCCAGUUGCCUUUUGUAAAACGUCAGGUGCUGCUUGGGAAAUUUUGUUUAUCUUGGCUAGAAGUGCCACGUUGCUUUAGCCUUUGAAGGUCUGGGCUGAGUGAUCAUCACACACUGAAUGUAACUUGUAUUGUUAGCAUAGCGUUUGCGUUAGCAUUAGGAUUUAGUGUGGUGAUGUCAUCUUAAACUCUUGGGAAUUUUUUUUUUUUUAUAUAUAUAUAUAGAGUUCAUGGCAUCCAGGUAAGUUUAACUCAAGGUUGUAGGUUUGGUCUCAAUAUUGGUAGGGACGAUAUAACGGCAUAACCUGCAUGUACACUUUUUGCAGGGGACAGGACAUUAAUGAGACCAAAUAGAUUAUUGAACGGGGGUCUGGGCAACAUUUCUCACCAAUAUGAACCUAAUUUAUUGAUAGGCAAAGUGAUCAAAGCAAAAUAAAUCUGUAUUGACUUAUACUGACUUUUAUGUGUAUUGGUUCACGUGAUACAACAUUCGAUUCAAACCUUUGUAUUAAAAAACAACUAAAAAAAAAAAAACGUUUUGAAGUGCAAGCCCCUUUAUUAAAAAAAUGAGGAGCUAUCCAAGAAUGGGUCCACUUCUGGGGGACACUGGAGCACCCCAAGACUCAAACUAAAGUAUUGUAAUGUAAAAAAGACCUGGAAAAAAGUUCAUGAAAAAAAAUCAGAGAUGUCCAAGGACCGAUCUACAUCUGAGGAAUUCUAGACUACCCCAAGACUCGAACCAGAGUACUCUCAUGAAAUUUGGAUGUGCGAUUUCAUUUCACAGAUUUAUUAUCCAUGUCAGUUCAUGUCCAUGUCAGUGUCCCUCUGAAGUGGACCCACUCUCGGGGACUUGCACUCUGAAGCCAAUGCGUUGCAUUACGGCACAGGUGUCAAACCGAUUCCAGAAAGGGCCGAGUGGGUGCUGGAUUUUGUUCCAACCGAUACCGUGCAGAGAGUUUAACCAAUAAACUUCCUACUGAAGCAAGCAGCACCUGACAAAGUUUAACUGAUUACACAUGUAAAAGAUCUGAUUGGUGAAAAAAGGUCCUCUUCAUUGG